UUGGUUAUCACUCCUCGACAGACAGUCUGUAAACAUGGCGCAGGAACCCUGGAAUAAAGUUCAUAUUCCAUUUCCAAGCGCUGUUUCUUCAAGUCGAAUCGCAUUUACCGAUACAACAGGUGUCCUGAUUGAACGUCUGCUUGCUGACUGUAAGAGAGCGUUGACACUGUUAUGCAGCGAAGUCCUGCAGACAGAAAUCCGUGUGAUGUAUGAAUUACUUUACAUCUUGAACAAUAGCUUCAGACAACACAAGCCUUUUCGAUCCUUAAAGCAGGUCGAACAAUGCAUAAACCGCUUGAAAGAGAUGAAGUUACAAGGAGCGAUAGAAGACCUGACCGAAUUGUGUCCAAACAAACAUCAGAGGGAUGCUGGAACAGAUGUUGGUGAGUGUGACGUUCCCAGUCAGCCCAUGUUGGAGUGGAUCUGUCUUAAACUUCUUGGUGCCUCCAGCCUGCUAGCUCGAACACUGGAACGGUGCACCAAAGCGUUCCUGCGGACACGACAACACCUGCACCUGGGUGAAUUCAUUGUCCUGAAUGUGGUAAUAACCAGCAUGUUAAGUCGCCUCUGGGUCUUCUUCAGAGGCAUUUUGAGAGCCCUCAUCCCCAUGUAUGGACGAACCAUUGAACUGCUCAUGAUGGUGAGGCAGUCCCAGUCCAUGGGCUACCUCACAGACUUUACCCUGCCUGGGAACCUCAAAGACUUUCUGUUCCAUUCACACCCUGAUCUGCCAAUAGAAGAUGACUUUACAAAACCAUCAUGGGCCUCAAGAUGGCAUAAAAAGCACCAGUUUUCUAUUCUUGGCAGGCUUUUUGAGAAGACUGAAAGGGAGGAGGACAAGGGACAAGAGGAGAGAGGGAUGAUCCCAGUAUUAACUUCUGAUCACUAUGAAGGCUCUAGUAUAGAUCUGGGAACAGCAGUCCUACAGCAACGACCAGAAAUCUCAUCCUAUGGACUGGACAUAAAAGCUAUGCUUCAACAACCUUGCAAACCAAUGAAACAGAUUAUGUCUCAAGGGGCAAAAUUGGAUAGCUCCCGCCAAGUUGGAGUCUCUCAAAAGAGAAAGUUAGUGAACUUGCUGCGGAAGGUGUCAUCCUUUAGCAACAUGACAGCCCAGCUAAAGGAAGUAAUACACUGGUGUAGGAGCUGUAAAUUACAUCAAGAGCGUAAGCGUGUGUCCUACUUACUCCUGAAGUCUUUGAGAAUGGAAAGUCUGGAAGCUGAUGGCAUCAGGGUGGAGAAGAGAUUAAAGACGUUUAAGUUAAAAGCUCAAAAGAUGAUGAUGCUUCAGAAGAAUGUUUCACUAAAAUGUUCCAGUUCCUUUUCUGCUAUUUGGAGAAUGCGGUGGCACCGCAGAACUUCCAUUAGAGCAUUCAUGACAAGCCACAGAACUACCAGACAAUCUGCGUUUGCAAGAAUGAGCUCUAAGACUGUUAAAGAAUCGUUUGCUGUGUCAUUAAAGAACAGGAGGAACUGCAGCACAGUGGAUCAACAAGAGGUGUCUGGACGUAAUGUGUCAUCUACUUGUGAGGAGGACAAAAUGCAUUUGCAGACUGUCAUGCAGAAACCAGUGAAGUUGCCCAAGAAUGACAUUGAUGAUAUUUUUGCAUCCAUUGGAUUUUAGGUUGUUAGAUGUAUGAAGAUUUUUUUACAGACCACAGCAAAUGUGAACAUAAAACAAAUUUUUAUGUACUACAUAUGGUAUAUGUAGUAUUUGAAAAUAAAGGGAUAGUUCAAUAAAAAAUUUAUAUUCUGUUUAUUUA